UUCACAAUAAACUCGUUAUUGUGUAGAUACGUUUUGUUUUUAGACGAAUUCAGUUGAGCUACUUCGAAGCCUAGGUUAAUAAAUGUGUGCGAAUAACUUAUAGCAUUCAUAAUAUAACCACCUGUCGUUUUCGGUUUAAAUUUCAAUUUUAUAUAAGGACCAAGUGCAACGCAAACAGUUUAAGCGCGAGUUCAGAUUCCCCCUCCACUUCGAAGCUCACACCUUAAAACUUGUUUUUAGUUUGCCAAGUGGAGCAAAGUGCUUGUGCGUUUGUGUACACAUACAAACAUAUGUAAAAGACUUCAGAAAUUUCAACACACAAAUUGCACUGCAGAAGUAUUUGCAUUGAUAGUGAAGAUAUUUAAAUGAUAUAAUUUUACAGCGCAAACUGCUUACAAAUCACAGCCAUUAAAAUGGCACUGUGCAGUAUGCCGGGCAAGGGGAACAACCGUGAUCGCAUCCGGGAUCCCCGCGAGGAGAUCCUGCUCGAGACGAACUUCGAGGAUGAUGGCGGAGUCCUGACGCGCGCCUACAACGGAAAUCCGUACAAUCCGUCCAUCCAGAACCGAAGGCGGAACUCGUACCGCUCGGAUCACUCCUUGGACAGGUACACAGAGCGAGGUGGAGAAGGUGAAUGUUGCCAAUCAUGCAUGGCGCGAAUCCCCUACGCCACUCUCAUAGCCACUCUAAUGUGCCUCCUGGGAGUCGGAAUAUUCUGCUUCACCAUGUACCGAGGCGCCUCACUCACCGUCAUAAUGCUGGACCAGGUCUUUCAUCUGCGACUGAUCUGGAUCGAAGCGGUGCAGAUGAUAUUUGUAAUAAUCGGAGCUGGUAUGGCGGCCCUUGGGUUCAUGAUUCUUUUCGUCGGAUUUUUGGCCACCGGAGCCACCAGAUACAAGGUUUACAGGGCGUGGAGAUCGCGAGUAGGCGGUCGAAUCUCAUGCGCCGUUCUCAUGGGAAUAACGUACCUGCUAAACUUUGUCUGGAGCCUGAUCCUGUGCUUCCUGGUAGUGGUUACCUUCAUUUAUACAAUGUUCUGGAACAUGUGCUCGAGUGUAGAGCACUCUCAAAGCUGCAUUGAUCUGACCCAAUUCCAUUUUAUGUUUCCACCAAACACAAAAGCCGAAGAUAUGAAAGUCUGCGAAAAGUACGAGAUAAAGGCAUUCUGCAAAGACGGCGUGGAGAACGCUGAGGUCAUGUUCAUAUUGGCAACCCUAUCCACCCUCUUGGUGCUGCUCAGUCUGGUACAUUACCUGAUGUGCCUGUCGGCUAACUAUGCCCACAUUCGGGAUCACGAAAAGUUCCAGGAGCUGCAGGAAAUUCAAAACCUAAACGAGCUGGAGUACAGCGCUACUUCAAAGGAUCGAUUCUAGGACAUAUUUCAGAAGAUUCAAUUUGAGCUAAAAGAGAAGUCCAGCGCUAUUUGAGACAUUCGCGCUCCAUACAACGAACAGUGAACAAAAUUCCAUCGAAACCAACAUGCUAUAGCUAAGAUUUAUUAUUUAGGCCUAAGAUUAAAGUUGAGUUUGAAGAUUUGAAUGAUUAUUUAAUGAGUUACUGGAUUCAACUAUUAUUUAUAUCCGAAUAUCUUCAUAAAUUAGCAGUUCUGUGUCAAGUAAAAACUGCCAAUAGAGAAUAUCCCACUGAAAUUCAGAUUUUUAUAUUUUUGCACCCCUUAACUAAUAUUAGUUUUCCGUCCAUUACAUUAAGUUAGCUUACAUUCGCUUUUAUGUUUCCAUUUGUUAUCACCUUGCAAGCAAUAAAUCCAUACAAACAUAAAAGACAAAUGCUUAUGCUCAAAUUGAUUCUUCUGAAUUGCCGAAUGCAUUUUAUUAAAAUACGAAUACGUUAGUUAAUCGCAAAUUAUCAGUACAUAGCGUAAUCCAUCCGUGCAUGAUCUUUUAAGUCUGCACAAAUAUACUUUUCCAUGUGAAUAUUUCACUAUUGCAUCUACAACUUGAAAGCAAUACGAAUCCUGCCGUAGUAAUUCUGUAUAUGCGGUAACAUCAGUUUUAUAAGACAGUUUUUAUCUAAAGAUUGGACUAUGUGUAAGAAAAUGCACCUUGUGUUUAAUGUAUAAACGUACGUAAUAAUAAUAAUAUAUUUUCUACGACACUUUUCUAACCUCACACUUAUACAAAAAAGUAGGAUGACAUUAGAAUGUAGACUUUUAAAUAUGAAAUAAAAAAUUGAUUAAAAUCAAA